GCUCCAAAGUUAAAGUGUUUCAUUUUUCAUACUUAUCGCAUGUUAAUCGUACCCACUAAUAAGUGUAAUAUAAAAUAACAAAUAACUGUCAAUCAUAUCUCAAACUCAAGCGUUUAAUUUUUUCCACUAACAAUUUAUUAUUCGCUAUCGCCGUCUGGCACGAGAUACACUGCAUCCACAUAUUUAGCAAACAAUACAGAGCUAUUGUAUGCUGUAUCAGCAACUAUCCGUGUGUACUUUUUUUUAUCCCCCCUCUGGAGAGAUAGUUGUUUAUGUAUAUAUAACACGAAGGUCGCACUUGAUGCGCAAGUCAGUUACAUUUGCGCUCUUGUUAUAUACUUGUUUGCUCUACAAUUUACAAACGGUUGACUGUUAGUCUUCCUCUUGCUUCUAAUCUGGGUUGUUGACUAUUUCUAUUUCUACAAACAAAAACUUACUUUUGUCAAUCAACAAGUCUCAAAAUGGCGAAUCCUAAACCUGUGAUCAAGUACACUCAACUGUUCAUCAACAACGAAUUUGUAGAUUCCGUGAGCAGAAAAAAAUUUCCAACAAUAAACCCCUCAAAUGGAGCCGUAAUAACCCAAGUAUCUGAAGGAGAUAAAGCCGACGUAGACAAGGCAGUGGCUGCUGCAAAACAAGCAUUUGCAAGAGGAUCUCCAUGGCGUGCAAUGGAUGCUUCUGCCCGUGGAGUUUUUAUUAAUAAACUCGCAGAUUUGAUGGAACGCGAUAUUGAUUAUCUGGCGAGUCUUGAAACUUUAGAUAAUGGCAAAACUUUCGAGAGCUCUGUUGGAGAUAUCCAAGCAAGCGCUGCUACUUUGAGAUACUACGCUGGCUGGUGUGAUAAAAUUCAUGGCAAUACUAUUCCAUCUGACGGUGGAAAGUUUACAGUCACCCGAAAGGAACCAAUUGGAGUAGUAGGCCAAAUAAUUCCAUGGAACUACCCAAUCCUGAUGUUAGCUUGGAAAUGGGGACCUGCAUUAGCAGCAGGUUGUACAAUUGUCUUGAAACCCGCUGAGCAAACUCCAUUAACAGCUCUUUACAUUGGAUCUCUGGUGAAAGAAGCUGGAUUCCCCGCCGGGGUAAUCAAUAUCAUCCCCGGGUAUGGCCCGACUGCUGGAGCAGCCAUCUCCGAGCACUUGGACAUCCGCAAGGUGGCCUUCACUGGCUCCACGGAAGUAGGCCACAUAAUAAUGGCCGCGGCUGCUAAGAGCAAUCUGAAGCACGUGAGCUUAGAGCUGGGUGGAAAAAGUCCCGUGGUUAUCUUCGACGACGUAGACAUUCGCCAGGCAGCACAAAUCGCUUACAACGCCUUGUUUGAUAAUCAUGGACAGUCUUGUUGCGCUGGUUCCAGGACUUUUGUCCACGCCAACAUCUACGAUCAGUUUGUCAAGGUGGCCAAAGAGCUGGCCAUGAAGAGGAAGGUUGGAGACCCUUUCAAUUCCCAGACCGUCCAAGGGCCGCAAAUUGACCAGGAAAUGUUCGAUAAAGUCUUGGGGUUGAUCAAGAGUGGCAAAGAUGAAGGCGCUGUUUGCGAAUGUGGAGGCGAGCGCGAGGGUAAUGUUGGGUUCUUCAUCAAGCCUACUGUUUUUUCUAAUGUUAAAGAUGGGAUGAGAAUUGCCAAAGAAGAAAUUUUUGGACCUGUUCAGUCGAUUCUUAAGUUUGAAACUAUGGAGGAAGUUAUUGAGAGAGCUAAUAAUACUUCUUAUGGUCUUGCUGCUGCUGUUAUUACUAAUGAUAUUAAUAAGGCGCUUCAAUUUAGUCAAUCUGUUGAAGCUGGAUCUGUUUGGGUUAAUUGUUACGAUGCUAUCACACCACAAACUCCGUUUGGUGGGUACAAAAAAUCAGGAAUCGGUCGUGAGCUGGGUGAAGAUGGACUGGAAGGAUACCUGGAGACCAAAACAAUUUCUAUCCGUGUUCCAGAAAUUUAAAACUUCCAAUAAAAAAUUUUUCUAACAUUUUUGUAAUUAAAAACUUUUACAAGUGUAUCAAUAAAAAAUAUUUUCUAGAUAAA